CAUCCAUCAGGGUAAGUCGAGUACUCAAGUAACGCCCCUUCCCCUCCCCUGCACACAUUUAUCCAGUAGGCUCAUUUCCUCAUCCACACACCGCACCAGCGUAUCGAUAAACCACCGGUACCCAUCAGACACGCCAUUGCUGCCCUCGCUCGUUGCGGAUGGGUCGCUCAAAGACGCUAUGACGGUGGAAGACAGAGACCACCAAGCAGACAAUCGCUCGCUGCACAACCCCCGCAGAUACGAUGCCGCCUGACCGCCACACCACAGCCACACAUUUGUAUGUACUUCGGUGCAUUACUCUGGCGCUUGUUGACCUUGCCCCUCUUGUCGCCUGUAUCCCCUUCGGCGGCCCCCAUCGCAUCCACCAGACAGCCGACAGCGGUGUCUGCGUGUGGGUCAUCGCCGCGGUAGAUGAUGCCCGGCUGAUCGAAGCUGUCGUGAGUGAGACAUGGCGGUGGCGCGGGAGAUGGGGCGGGGUGGUCGAAGGGUGGUCGCGUGAGGUCCACGGGCAGGAAGGGGCCGACGGGAUUGUCCGCCAAUGUGAAGCCAUAGGUCAAAAGCAGGCGAAGAUUGGAAAAUUCGCCGUACGAUAUAAACACCUACAGCCAGCCAGCCAUACACGCACUCCCAGGGCUUCAGGUCAUCAAUCGCAUCUCAUCCUGCUUGCUGCAGACUGACCGACCGGGUCUCCUUGUUGGAUGGGCCGUGUGGCUCUGACGUCAAAGUAGCCCAUCUCGCUCUCCUCGAUGGCAGCGCUGAAGACCACACUAGCAGACAGCCCUCGACUCGACAAGAGACGUCUGUCCCCCUCCUCUCCCUCCCCAUCUCACUCACUUGUGGUCAUAGUGGUGGUUCAGCAGGUCUAUCACCGGCAUAAACGCAUACCCCUCCUCGCCCAGCCAGUGCACCCGCGACCGCAGCAGGGCGUACGCCCACACAAUCCUCUCCUCAGUCACCGCGGCACCAUCCACCAAAUGCCCAAGACGCUCGCCGGCAAUGACCGGGAUGCGGCUCGUCAGGUUGCGGGCGACCGAAAAGAGUGAGUCAUCCGUCAUGUUGGCCACCCUCUCCAGGUCGGCAGAAAGGGAAAGGAAGCUGAGGGCGCUGUGGAUGUCAGCGAGAGAGGGGAGGGUGGCGAACCAUGCCGCAAAGCGUUGGUUCGCGUCUGGGUCGUCGCCCGUGUGCCAUUGAUGGUGGGCAUGCAGGAAGCCCAUAAGCAGGGACUCGACGUUGCUGCAUCUGAGGGGGCCGGAGAAGGCCUCGCAGGCCUGUAUGUGGGGGUGGAUCGACCUGUAGGAGAACGUCAGGUUGGCGGGAAUCCGGAGGAGAAGAUCGUCUGUGGUCACGUCGUUUGCGGCGGUUAGUCCCCUGAUGAGUCCCCUGUCAGAAGGGGAGGGCGAGGGGAACGGCGAAGGGGCAUGAUGGCCUGCAGUGAAUCAGCACACCCGCCCAUCUGGUAGGUAGGUCUGUCUGUCCAUGUUACAUACCUACCUGGUAUGAGGUGAAUGACGGACCCCCACGUGCGCCACUGGGUCAACAGCUCGGUGAGCAGCGACUGUGACUCAUCCUGUUACGUUACACACACACCCAGAGAGAUACACAAAGAAAGAAACAAAGGCACUAACCAUCCGCCGCCAUGCUCCCUCCCUCCAUCAUGCUACCUACCUACCUCGUUCCAGACAUAGCUGACGAGGUGGGCGGCGAGUGCGAUAAGCACCACCAGCAGCAGCAGCGGUGCCGCCCGCAGCAUCCACGACCAAUCAGCGCUCCAGGGGCUGGAUGCCUCCUCCUCGAUGGCAUCCAUCGGCUCAUCCCGCAGCGACGAAAAGGAAGAGCCCGAGUCGGGCGGCGGAUGGGUAGACUUGUGGCGAUGGCGCACCAU